AUGCAGUGGCUUCCUCUCGCUCUUCUGGCGGUCAACGCUUUCAUUCCAAGCGUCUAUGCUAUUCCCGGGGCUGGAACCUUCGAUACGAAGCUCAACCAAUGCGAUUACAGCAACAACGUUCAGCUCGGCACACUUCAGCCCGAAGAUGCUAGCAAAUCGUACGCUGCUUGUUGUUCGGCGACUUCGGGCCAGAAACUCGAAGCAGCCUGCCGCUUCUCGCGUUUGUAG